CAAGGAACUAUCUGACGGUGGAUGCUGAGUAUUGAUGCUACCCUAUUGUCGAAAGACCUUCACACCAACUCUGACCCACUAAGAGCUGUAGUUGUUGCUGAUACAUCCUCUCAGUCAAGCAUCGUACAAUUGUUUCUCUUGAUUAUGUGACUCAGUCGGUCCCGGAUGAAGUUCUGACCAGACUAAAUUCAUAGAAGCAGGCGCUUCUUCUCUGACGUCAGUUGCUUGCCUCAGCAAUUUUCUCAGACAGCUGUAUUAUAAAGGGUAAACCGGAUUUCUGCAAAGCAGCUCAAAGUCCUUUCUUUGUUUUAGCCAUGUCUACUCCAAACGCAAUUCUCGAUAAACUUACUGCGAGCAACAUCUUCGACCUUCGGGGUGUCGUUGCUGUUAUCACUGGUGGUGGAACGGGAAUAGGUCUCAUGAUAAGCACGACGCUGAUGGCAAAUGGAGCCACAGUUUAUAUCAUUGGCCCUAAGCAGGAGCAGCUCGACGCAAUAUCUAAGGUCUAUAAUGAUACCGUGCAAGGACAGUCUGGAAGAGGCAAGCUUGUCGGGCUGCAAGGUGACAUACGACUUAAGGAAGAAGCAAAGCGUUUGGCAGAUGAGGUAGGCAGACGAGAGUCUCAUGUUACUGUCCUCUUCAAUAACGCUGGGAUCCUCGAAGGCAGACUUUCUCGUCCACCCGCCGACUCAGCCCCAAACUCCUCUCUCGAGCCAGCCUCGAAGCCAACGUCAGCAGCCGAAUAUCUCAACCGUUACUGGGAAGUUACUCCAGACCAAUUCGACAACACUCUACGCACAAACGCGUUUUCAGCCUACUGGAUUUCCGCAGCUUUCCUCCCUCUUCUCGAAGCAUGGAAAACUAGCCCAGGCGGGAAGAAGUUCGCACCUCAAAUCAUCAUGACGUCCAGCAUGAAUGGCUGGACGAAGGACCUCUCUACGGCCGGCUUAUCCGUCCCUUACGCAAUGAGCAAGAGUGCUAUUGGACAUUUUACGAGUACCCUCGCGCAUGAUUUACUUCCUUUGGAAAUUCGAGUGAAUGGAAUCGCACCGGGUUGGUUUAUCACGGAUAUGACUGCCCCUGGUACUAUUGACGCAGCGGGAAUUUCGCAUAUUGAUCCAAAUGAGACUGCGAAUAUCCCUGCAGAUAAGCUGCCUAUCUUUGAUAUACCGACUCGUCAAGCGCCUGGGACGGGAGUCCCUGUGAUGGGUGGGACGAACCGUGAUAUGGGAACACUUGCACUUUUCCUUGUUGCUAACUGGUAUGUCAACGGAGAGACUGUCCUAAUUGACGGCGGAACGUUGUUGAGACACCCGUCAUCAUAUUAAACCAACAACGAUAUUGUACCCCUGUGAAAUAAGAUUAACGUGCAGAAAGCCAUGCCAUAUACAGAAUAUGCGAUUUGUGUACCGGUUUGAAAGGAAAUAUAAAGUUAUUCAUCU